CAACGAUGUUUCAAAGAGCUACAAGAUCAAGGAUUUUCAGAAUCAAAUAUAGUCUUGGAACCUUAUUUGCACAUGCGCUACGAUGGUACCGAUUGCGCGCUAAUGUGUGGUCCUUGGAAUCCCGAUGGUGCUACUACUAAUCCAAAACACGGCGAUUUUCUGCAAACUUUUAUUAGAAGAUACAAGGCUGAGUUUGGAUUUGUCAUCGCUCAUAAGGAUGUUAUAGUCGACGAUAUUCGGGUCAGAGGCGUUGGUAAGAGUGAUAUUGAGUUAGAACAACCUUUAGAUGUUCAGAAAGGUGAUCCAAAUCCUAUAACAGUGACGAAAGUUUAUUUUGAAUCCGGAUAUGAAGAUACAAACGUGUAUCAGUUGAAGGACCUUUUUGCCGGGCAAACAUUAAAAGGGCCAGCUAUAGUAAUGGAUCAACUGAGCACGAUCCUAAUCGAACCGGAUUGCACAGCUGUCAUAACAAAAUAUGGCGAUAUCAAAAUCACUAUCGGCACUGGAAAAGUCAAAGCUAUGGGUCCGGAACUGGACUCCAUCCAGUUAAGCAUUUUCAGCCAUAGAUUUAUGAGUAUUGCCGAACAAAUGGGAAGAAGGCAUUUCCAUCAAGUAUCUGAAUUGAUAGAUCAGUAUGGUCUUAAAGUAGUCCAAGCUUACAUGGGCCACAUCCAAACUAACGCUGAAAUAGCGGUCAGAGAUAUGCUAAGAGAAGUAGCUAGAGAGGCAGUAGUUAGAACAGGAAGCGCAUCGUUAUAUUAUAGCGAUAGCUUAGAUGAUGGCUCACCCAUUACCCUAAAGGUUACUCUGGAUGAGACAUCAGGAUCGGCACUUUGCGACUUCAGUGGUUCUGGUCCAGAAGUAUGGGGCAAUUGCAAUGCACCUCGUGCUGUCAGCCUUUCUGCCCUUAUUUACUGCCUUAGAUGCAUGGUGGGACAUGAUGUCCCUUUAAAUCAAGGCUGUUUGGCUCCCGUCCAGGUGAAUAUUCCCAAGGGAUCGCUGCUGGAUCCCAGCGAAAAUGCUGCAGUGGUAGGAGGCAAUGUCCUGACGUCACAGCGUAUUGUCGACGUUGUUUUGGGGGCUUUCCGAGUGUGUGCUGCCUCUCAGGGCUGUAUGAACAACAUCACGUUCGGGAACGAGUUUUGGGGCUGUUACGAGACUGUUGCUGGGGGUAGCGGUGCUGGUCCAAAUUGGCAUGGUUGUUCUGGUGUUCACACGCACAUGACCAACACCCGCAUCACGGACAUAGAAAUUGUAGAACGUCGUUAUCCUGUGCACGUGAAAGUGUUCACACUUAGAAAAGACAGUGGCGGAGUCGGUAAAUUCAGUGGUGGAGAUGGAGUACACAGGGAAUUGUUGUUUAGGGCUCCACUAAUGCUGUCCGUUUUGACGGAGAGGAGAGUAUUGGCACCUUAUGGAUUAGAAGGUGGCGCUAGUGGGGCCCGAGGACUCAAUCUCCUGAUUAGGGCGGCAGGCAGGAUCAUUAAUCUCGGACCGAAGACCGCGGUGCCCGUUUCGCCCGGGGAUGCCUUUAGAUUACUUACCCCUGGUGGGGGUGGCUAUGGAUUACCGGAGGAAGCUGAUAAAACCUUUCCAGGACCAACAAGCAGUCAAAAAGUGUUUUUAGAAAGAGGCAGUGUAUUUGAAUAUCGCAUGGCUCAAGAAGGUGUCUAAAAUGAUAUAUGUUAUGUUAUUACUAUAUAUUUUAUCCUAUAAUAAACCAUAUUAUUUGUGUUUUAUGUUACAAAAA